GGGAGCGAAUGAAACUGAUAAUCAAACAUCACUAAAGCCCAAUGAUUUUUCCUUAGAGGAAUAUCUGAGACUUAUUUUUGACGAAAAAAGCAUCAUUCUUCCUGAGCAGGAAGAGAAAAAUCUGAAUUUCGCUAGUAAAUUACUAGACAAGCAAAACGAACUUAAGGCGGUACAUGAAGAUCUUACUAACAGAAAAGAGAGUUAAAAUGCAAUUAACUGAAAUGAGAAGACGCCGACUUGAAGAAAAAGAGUGCGAGCUGAAGGAGUCGCUAAUGAAAUUUGAAAAGUUUUUAAAGGACAAUGACGAUAAACGUGCAAGGGCACUUAAGAAACUUUCAUUGGAGCGUGGCAUUCAGAAGCAGCGCUUAAAACAAAUUGAUGAACUUAACGAGAGAAUACAGAAGCUGACAAGGGAAAGGAAAAACCUGGAUACAAAAGUUAAACGGUUGAGAAUCUUCAAAGACUUUUUGGAACAAGUCGUUAAAAGAUCUGAUGAUUUUAACGAUAUUUCGGAAUUAAUGAAGCGCUACGAAUCUCUCACAGCUAAUUUAAGCGAUUUAAUGGAAAAAGAGGAAAUGAACAGUGACAUGUCUCAAAAUUUAGAAAUUGGUCUUCAUAAAUAUAGAGAAGACAAAUGUGACGAGAAAAUGUUUUUGCUAAACAAACUGACUGAACUUCGACGCUCUUUGGAGCUUCACCAAAUCGAAUGUCGUGAUAAUCAAGUUGCUUUAGAACAUGAAAAAGAUGCUACAGUGUGGCGUAUCAUACAGCUUAACUCUAUAAAGCUUGCGAUACAAAAUAUGUACCAGCUUGCAAGAAAAUUUCAAAGGUUUGGAAGUGAAGCUAACGCGGAUGAUACGAAAUCCCAACUUAGUGUGUAGAUGGGUAGUUAACUGUCUAUUAAUUCAUCCAGGACUAUGCGUCAUUCGCGCUAAUUAAACUAGGUACCAUUUGCGAAUUAUGUUGUGUUGUGGGAUGCAGAAUGAUCAAUGUUGCAUAACAGUCUUAAAAAUGACUACCACUAGUGUUUAGUAAUCAGCUAUUUUGUACCAAGCCUUAUUGAGUCGGUGGUGGGGCAGGUCAUGUCAGGUCAUGUAUCACGGACGAUAGAGGCUUUCGCCUAACGAGCGUCCUGUUUCUUGUGCCGGUAAGUGAACAACAACCCUAGGCACUUCGACGUUGGAUUGACUUUUCUUGCUUCUGCAAAAGAAUGAAGCCAGCACAAGAGCAAGCUUUUCACUUUCAUGUAUCAGCAUCAGAAUACACUACAUAUUCCAGGAUAAUUACAAUGUCUCUGGGAAAAGG